UACAAGCUAGGCGAAACCAAAAAUAGUUCCCUAUAACCCCCAACAAGCUCAGCAACAUAAGGCAUUGCUCUUUAUCUCUUCAAAUAUCACCAUGAGAGCUUUUGUCAUCCUUCCCCUUUUAGUGUUACAAUUCUUUGCGCAAACGAUGACUGUUCGUGCAAAUGUUGGCGCUGCAAUUCCUUAUGGUCCUCCAUAUACUCCAACAAAAUGCAAUGGGAACAGCCAAGACCAAUUCCCACCAGGCAACAUGUUUGCUGCAGUAUCCCUAAGCCUAUGGGAUAACGGCGCAGCCUGUGGAAGAAAGUAUCGUGUCACGUGCUUGAGCGGAUCCAGUAGGCCGUGCAAAUCAGGCACCAUUGAUGUUCAGGUCGUUGAUCUGUGCCGUGACAAUCCUUGCCCUGCGAGUCUUCUCUUGUCAAGGAAUGCUUUUAGCGUGAUUUCAAGCAAUUCCAAUGAGAGGAUCAAUGUCGAGUAUAUUGAGAUUUGAUGCAGCCUCUGCAAGAAUUUGUCAGGUUGACGAAGAAGGAUGUACGUUGCAAAGUGAUUGAUUGCUGGCAUUGUAUUAUAAGCCUAAUGUAACUCACUGAAUUGGUCAGAAGCAAGAUCACGUUAGAAAUAAAUGCUCUCGACUCUAAUAAGUACGAGGUUAUUACGCACCUCAUGAUGUACACCUUGUAUCAGGAUUACAUACAUAAAUUGAAUACAGAAACUACUGAGUUCACUGUUCA